AGAAUAGUGCAUUAUUCUUUUAAGUGAAUGAAUUAUUGACUUUAUCUCUGAAUGCUCCAGUGAUGUCAUCGUGGCAAACAUGGUUUUAGUUUUAUUUUCAUAUUCGUCCGUGUUGGAUUAUUUGCGAACCUCAAGCAAUGACUAAAAUAUCUACAAUUGGAUCUCUCCCCAUGGUUCACAAUGUUGAAGGAGGAAAACCGCACCCACUAGAGUUCCCUUUGAAGAAUGACGUUACUAUUCUGCAAACUCCGACGGAUAUUUCUUGUGGCCGGUUCGACUGGAAGGCACUGAAAAAACCACGAUCACUACUCAGGCUGGGGCAGAUCGCCGCUUCCAUCGUGACUAUUGCGACCAUUCAUUACUAUUCUGUUUUCGCAACGUUGCUACUAUUUUUGUCCAUCAAUGCAGUGAUAGGAACGGUGCUUCUGCUUGCUGACUGGGUAAUUCUAGAUCAUCCACUUCGUCGAGCCUUCACCCCGGCCCUGUGGUUCAAGUUAGAACUUUGGUUCAGUGGAUUGGUAGCAGUGGCUUUUCAUGUGAUGGCGUUCGCCGUGUUUGCUGAAGGGAUGCGCUGGUACAGAGCUAAUUCCAAUUAUGUGGCGGCUACUUUCGGAUUCCUCAAUGAGGCAAUGUAUGUUGUGGAUUGGUGGAUAAAUUUCAGCAAGCGUCAGCAAAUCGUCAGAAAGUUGAUGAAAGAACAAGAAAAUGAAGCCGAGGAGGAUGCCGUUGCCAACUAAUUCAUUUUAUAUUUAGAAUUCUAGACAUAUUAUUUGCUUAGAUCUACGAACCAUAUUAUUACUUUGAGGAGGUAAUUAAGAACAAAACAUAUCUACAGAACAUAAUCAAAAAUUAUUUUAGUCCCUUA